UUACAGGGCGGAAAUCACUUCGACCAGUAUGAGGAGGGCCAGUUGGAGUUGGAACAGGCCUCUUUGGACAAGCCAAUAGAAUCGUGUCUGUGUAGGACAGUAAUUUCAGAUAUUUGCAGUAUUGUACACAACUUGGGGUGUUCGACAUUUCUCUCCUGCAGCGAAUUGGCCCCAAUUAGCUAAGCAGCUCUGACCCGGCCAGGGUUUAAAAGCCAGGAUAACAUUGGCCAUCGACUACUUCAGAAACAUGGCUGGAAGCUGGGACAAGGCCUUGGCAAAACCAUGCAGGGUAAGGUUUGUAGGAACCCCCCUUUUUUGUGUCUGUAUAUGUGUAUGUGUGAGUGUGUGUGUGUGUGUGUGUGUGUGUGUGCGUGUGUGUGAGCGCGUGGAUGUUUUUCUUUUGCAAAAUAAGGAUGAAAUAACUCUCCCCCCCUUUACAGUGUAGCCUAACGGCCUCUCUUAGUUGCCUCCUGUAAGCUUACAAUCACUAAACUUUUCUCUGCUCAGAAUUACCAGUGCUACGAUCCAAAACUCACUCCAGAACGAAAUCAGUAAAACCUGUAGCUCAAUGUAGAAACCAAUGAGCAUCAUUUCCUUGAUUUCAUGAUUCCGUUCAGGACUCUACCUGCGCUAGAAUAGUCCAAUAGCCACUUUUCAUAUAUCAGCGUACUUCUGGCUGCGACGGGGGGUGUUUUGAUUGGCUGUGAACAUGAGAUUGGGUUUUCUGAUUGGCUUUGAACGUGUCUUCUUCACCACCCGCCCCCCCACCCCAUAAUUCUUUUGAAUGGCUUGCAGAAUGAGCCUGAAUCUCCACCCAUCCCCACCCCCCACCUCUUCCUCCGCCUCUCAGUCGACCUGUCUGCUUGUGUCCACUCUUGUGAAGUGACUGUACACAUGUGAUAAUGUGGGUGUGGGAUUUGCGUGUGUGUGUGUGUUGUGUGAGAGUGUAUGUGUGUCACUGAUGAGGGGGUGGGGGCUCGGGUGUUUUGCCUUGAAGGGAAAAAUCUCACACCAUCCCGCCUGCAUCCCCCACUCCCCUCUUUCGUACUCUACGAACGUCCAAAAGCAGCACCCUGUCCAUCUCUUCUCCCCUCUCCUGCAAAGCAUGCUGGUCGUACAGAACCAGACUGGUGGAUCUCGAGUUUUAAGUAGUGCACGGCCAGUGGAAAGUCAAUAAUAGAUAGAGAGAGAUGAAUACUUAAAUUAGAGAGAUUAUUAGGGUUAGGCUUCUUAGGGAUGGGCAUUUAAAGUAAAAAAAAAAUAAAUAAAUAAAAUUUUAAAAUAUAUAGCAUGAGAUUCUGGUCAUUCUAGAGCAAGUAUACAAAUAGCACUAUAUUUUUUAAUUAGCUUUAAUGUCAAACACUUAUACCCACUACUACAUUGGAUGUGGAUGUUGAUUGAAAACAUAACUUACCCUAUGGAUGGUCCAGUCAUGACCCACAGCUUUUCAAAGCUUGACUUAGGCCCAAUCCCAUUUCUCUUUUGUCCCCCUACCUCUUGUUUUUGAGUGUAACUCUUUUCCAAGGGGAAUUCUUCCCCAAAGAAUGGUAACAACUCAGACAACAACAGAUACAGAGCUCUCAUUUUUUAAUGAAGACCAUAGCAAUAAAACAUUGAAACUACAUACUAAAUACAGUAAUAUAGUGGAUAUCAUCAUUUUGAAAGUUUUCAUCUUGCCACUGAUUCUCAUAGCCCUCUCUUUUGAGUUUGCUUCGCAAAAAAAUAAGUUUGAAGGGCCAUGUAGCCCUAACACUUGCCCCCCUACCCCUCCAGCCUAACAAGAAUCGGGACACCCUAUCCCUAGACAUCUAGACAUCUAUCCUAAAAAAGCUGAAUCUAAAGCUAAUCUAGAAUGACUCUGCAGAGCUCUCCUAGAACUGUUCUGGUGUGUUUGUCCUCCCAGAUGUUGAUUUGGUUGAUUUUAUUUGGGGCGGCACAAAGAUUUCAGAGCUCAACGACACCUUUGCUGUCAUGCUUCUGUGAUUUGUAGUUGGUACUUUUACUGCUGUCGAAUUGCCUGUCCCAUAAACAGUUCAUCAUGCCUGUGAAUCACAGAUUAAUAACCAGAGUUUAUUCAAAUUAGUUUAGAAUACUAUUUUAAUGCUUUGGUUCAUUUGGUUCAUAGAAUAUGUCCUGGCCUACAUACUUAAUAGUGCCCUAAAAAACUGAAUAAGUUUUUUCAUUUUUGGUCACAGCCUGUGUCAGCGGUACCUUUGCAACAUUGUAAUGCGAUCUACUGUAGAAGGAAAUGAUUAUUAUCGAUUAUUUUUCAAAUUGAUUGCAGUUGAUUGAAUUUGCAGUUCCGUAAUGAGUACUCAAUAAGUCGACUACUCUUGCCCAUCCCUGAAACAGACAGACAAUAUUUUAAAAACUUUCAAAAGAUAUGUUGAUUGGCCUAUAUAGUUCACCUUCUCUAGUCCAGAGCUGAAAGUUGACAAGGUUCUUAAUGCCCUGCAAAAACUCGAGCACCGCAUCACGUCUCUCGCAUCUCUCGUCCUUCUGCUGUACAGUGAUGCAGCACGCAUACACAACGGCCACUGCACUCGCUCACAGACCUUGACCUGCAUGGUGGAUUGGGGAAGGGGGAAGCAGGGAGGACAGUGGUCUGUAUUUAUUUAUUUAUUAAUUUAUUUAUUUGAUAUUAUUUUUUGGUUUAGUAGUUAAAAGCUGAAUUUUUGCAUACUGACAUUCUACCUGAAAGGUUGCGACAGCAGAAAGAGGGUGAUGGGAGAAAGAAGAGCAUGGGUAUUGUAGGACUGUGAAGAGUAGAGGUUUUGAACAAUUACAUUUAUAAUUAUAUUGUUGAAAAUGGCAGCAGCAGUGAUGGAAGAUCAUUACGAACCAUAAAAGGCUCCUACAGUUAAAACAACAAAUAAGCUAAAUCCAGAAAAAAAUGAUCAGUAUUUAGAUUUGGUUCUUUCACGUUUAAGAGGGAAGAGCAGAGAGCGGAGAAGGAUGUCAGGAAAGCAGGGGAUGGUGAGAGAGGGGUAUCCCUGGCAUCCCCCCCAAAAAACACUGGGAGUGGUAACGGGGUACACCAAGGCCUCUACCCCUGAGUCCCUAAACCCCAACCCCUAACAGUUCACCCCUGACCCCUUUGACAAACCCCCACCCCAACCCCUCUCUGUGUGCCUCAAUCUUCCUGCUUAACCAAUUGGUGUUUCUUUUUUGCAGCGUUAUGAUCCUGGCCAUGUUGUGCUGAUGGUAAACUUAGUGGACGCACCGACCCUGUGCCCAUCAUCCUCAAAUAUGACGUCAUGGGAAUGGGACGCAUGGAGAUGGAGCUGGACUAUGCAGAAGAUGCUACAGAGAAGCGGCGAGUGUUGGAAGUGGAGAAGGAAGAUACAGAGGAGUUGCGACAGAAGUACAAGGAUUUUGCAGAAAAGGAGAAAGCCAUUGCCAAGGCGUUGGAAGACCUGAGAGCCAACUUCUACUGUGAGCUCUGUGAUAAGCAGUAUCAGAAACACCAGGAGUUUGACAAUCACAUCAACUCCUACGACCACGCACAUAAACAGAGGCUGAAGGAGCUAAAGCAGAGGGAAUUUGCACGGAAUGUGUCUUCACGAUCCCGUAAGGAUGGGAAGAAGCAAGAGAAGAUGCUGAGGCGUCUACACGAACUAGCAGAGCAGAGGAAACAGCAAGACUGUGUUCCUGGAAGUGGGCCUAUGUUCAAACAAACCACAGUGGCAGUGGAUGGAGAUAAGGGAGAUGAUGGUGGCUUCUCAAACGUAGAUGGUGUUCCCAUGACCCCAGACUGUACCGCAGAGGGAUCAUCAGGAGAGGACAAGGGAAGUUCGGGUUUUGGUGGUCAAAGCUCACCUAGACCCGGCCCAGCUAUUAGUUUCUCCCUCCGUAAGAACACAUCCUCUCCAACACCAAGUGGAGGGCCCCAGGCUCCCAAAGUCAGCGUUUCCUUCUCUUUUGCCAAAAAAACACCAGUCAAACUGGAGACAGCAGCUGCUGUGUUUGCAGACCAUGGAGAGGAAGCAAUGGAAGGACAAGAAGGGCAGGAGGAAGGAGUAGAGAAGCCUCCAGUGGACGAAGGAGGUACAGUCUCCUCCAACAAUGAUAGUCCACAGGCUACAGCAGGAGCCCCAGCUGUAGGAACCACGGCUGUAGGAACCACGGCUGCAGGAGCCACUGCUGCAGGAGCCACCGCUGCAGGAGCCACCGCUGCAGGAGCCACCGCUGCAGGAGAAGAUGACCAGGCACAGGCUGAUGAUGGAGGCACCUUGGCAUCCACCCUAAACAAGCUUAAAAUGAUGAUGAAGAAAGAAGAAGGUUACGCUGGGCAGGAACCACAGUAUUAUCACUACGUUCCUCCUGCGCACUGUCGGGUGAAGCCCCAUUUCCAGUUCCUACUCUUCAUGAAGGCUUCAGACCAGUGUGGCAGCCGAGAGGAAGAAGAGGAUGGAGAAGAAGAGAAGGCAACAUCAACGGAAGGAGAUGUGGAACAAAUACAGACCAAAGACCAAAUUGUCUGCAAAACGGAGGAGGACACAGAUAAAGACACAGAGAAAGAACCUACAAAGGAUCAGGGUCCAAAUCCUGAUUCAUCUCCCAAAGUAAAAACAGAGGAAGGAUCUGAGAGUAAGACAACAGCAGAGGGCAGUGUAGAUUCUUCAGCCAUUAAUUCUCAACCAACAGAAUCUAAACAGGGGACUUCUGAAACUCAAGAGACUGGACCCCGCAUACCAACAGGACCCUUUUUUCCAGUGUUGAGUAAAGAUGAAAGCACUACUUUACAGUGGCCCUCUGAACUCCUAGAGUUUACCAAGGCACAUCCUUCCCUCUCUUACAGUUGCAACCCUCUAUACUUUGACUUUAAACUGUCUAGGAACAAAGGCAACAGGGCAGGUAAAGCCAGUAAGCCUGGUAAACCAGCCAAUGCUAGUGGAGAUAAUGGCGAAGGAUCCAAGACUGAAGGCGCCAUCACUACCACCACUGGCACAAGUGGAGAAACUAGCACAGCAGCAACGCCAGCACAGGCCAGCACUGACAAAAAAGAAUCAUCAUCUGUGAAAGAAAAAGUUGCAGAGGGUGAGAACAAGGACAAAAGCAAGGAACAACAAGAAAGCACUGAAGAUGGAGCUGGGGGCUCCAAGAAAAAGAAAAAGAAGAAGAAACACAAGAAAUCAAGUAAGCGUUCCAAACGCAAAGAUAAAGAAAAGGCAGCUGCAGAGGGAGAGAUGGAGACUGAGACACCUGGUGAAAAGACCAAAAAGAAAAAGAAACACAAGCGAAAGAAAAGUAAAAAUAAACAAUACGGUGAAGAAGAGGGAGAAGAAGGGGCCAAAGAGGGUAAAGAGAGUAGCAAAGAAGUUAAAGACAAAGAUGACAAAGCUGGUGCCAGUGCCUCAAAGCAGGUUUCAGGAGGAGGAUCAGGAGCGUCUGCUUUAGAGGGAGGAAGGAGAAAAAGACCCCAUAAAGAAGUGUCCCAGAAGUCAGGGACGGAAGAGAGCAGCAGUGUAGGAAAGCCCAAUUCUUCUGGAGCUGAGGAGCACAAUGGUACAAAACGUCUCAAACCUGACCCCAGUGCUGCGUCUUGCUCUGCUUCUGCCCAAAAAAGCCCAGGUGGAGGUCGACCUCCUAGCAGUGAGAGUGAAGAAGAUGGUGGUUCUUCAUCUCAGCGUUCUCGUCCACCUCACCGGCGCACUACACCUUCACGUGAACAGCGACGCCACCACAGUGAGGAAUCCAGGCGGUCAGGUCGUUCACAUAGUCGCUCAUCUCGCAGAGAAGACCGUAAUCAUAGACGUAACCGGGGGCAGGUGUCUCGUAGCCAUUCGUAUUCAAGCAGUUCAGAGCGUUCAUCGGCCGGGAGCAGCGCUUACAGUCGGCAUAGCCGCAGUUACUCAGACAGCUAUAGCGACUACAGUGAUGCAGAACGUCGCCGCAGGUCAAAAAGACGUUCUUCGGACUCAGAGUAUGAAAGAAGAGGCGGUGGACGGUCGCACAGAAGACACUAUUCAUCCUCUUCUUCAGAAGAGGACUCUCGCUCGCGUUCCCGCUCUCACAGCCGGAGGAAGCAUCACCGGCGGAGGCGCAAUCGCAGCAGUAGCCGCAGUUCCAGCCGCAGCAGCAGGAGCAGCAGUGCUCGCUCGUACAGACGCAGCAGCUACAGCCGCAGUCGCAGCUCUGCUAGUCGCUCAUCUAGCUCUCCUAAAGGCUCACCUCACCGCCGCAGCGACAGCCGCCGAGAUGACAGCUCAACACACAGACGAGACUUUAAUCGAUCACGCAUCUAUCGCUCGCAGUCACCAAGGUCCUCGUCAUCCCGCCCACAACCACGAAACAGCAGUUCAUCCACACAAAAUGCCAAAGGAAGUGGGGGAGGUGGGUUGAGGGAUGGCGGAGGUGCUGCAGAGCAUCGGAACUCGUUCACAGCCAGGCAACUUCUCGAAAAAAUCCAGUCUCGCAAGGGUGGGGAAGAUUCUGGGACUGGAAGCAAACUUGGCCUCAAAAUCAAGGACCCUCCACAGGGCUACUUUGGACCUAAGCUUCCCCCAGCCCUUGGAAACAAGAGCAUGUUGCCUCUUUUUGGAAAGCUCCAAGCUGGGAAGAAACCUUCAUUACUUGCCCUAUUGCGGACAGACGAUGGAGAAAAGUCUGGGCAGGGGAAGAGUUCUGAUACAAGUAGUGAGGUGAUCCUGGUGGAACCCAUUCGUGAGUUUCCGCCUCCACCUCCACCGCCUCCUCCACCAGUUCAGCAGAAACAACAGCAGCAGCAGCAUCAACAACAGCAGCAGCAACAGGUGGAGGAACCAAACUCUAAUGCUGCAGUCCCGGAAGAGAUCAAAAACCCAACCUCAGAACCUCAAGUGCUCCACGAAGCAAGACCGAUCUUUGAGCAAGAUCCAGCUAACAUUAUUCCUUCCUACCAAGCUGAGCCAGGACAGGACCCCAACAACCAAAUCAUGGAUGGCCGUCUAAUAGGGCCUGACAUGGGCCAACAAGCUUCCAUGCAUGGCUAUCCAGGCUACCCCAUGCCCAACAUGGAGGAUGAAAACAUUGGAAUGGAGGCUGAGGAGGACGGCUUGGCGCCACUGGAGAGCCAGCCCAUUACUUUUACCCCAGAGGAGAUGGAGAAAUACAGCAAGCUGCAACAAGCAGCACAGCAGCACAUCCAGCAGCAGCUUUUAGCAAAGCAGGUCAAGACCUUCCCUUCGGCAGCUGCAGCUGCAGCUGCGGCCGCGGCCAACUUGGCGGCCGCUGCCAACCUCGCACCUGCACCUCCUCCUCCGCCUGCUGCUCUGCAGCAAAUCCACAUCCAGCAGCCCGCUGUGUCUGCAGCUUCAGCUACUUCCAUCACUACAGUGCAGCAUGCCAUUCUGCAGCACCAUGCAGCUGCCACAGCAAUGGGCAUUCACCACCAUACCCCACACCAUCCUCACCCUGCUCAUGCUCAGCUUGCCCAGGUACAUCAUAUACCGCAACACCAUCUCACCCCAAUUUCCUUGUCACCCUUGGGUCAUACGUUGGGCCACUCCCUUGGUCACUCUUUGGGCCACACUGGUUUAAUCCCAGCCCACCCCUCUGCCUUUCUAUCCGGGCAACCAAUACACAUAAUCCCAGCUUCUGCGCUCCACCACGCCCCUCUAGCUCUGCACCACAUCCCCCACGCAGCCCUUUACCCCACGCUUUUCGCUCCUCGGCCGGGCACCGCAGCUGCUGCGGCCGCCCUGCAGCUCCACCCUCUUCUUCACCCCAUUUUCUCAGGACAGGACCUUCAGCACCCUCCAAACCACGGGUCCUGAGAUGGAGGCUGUCUUUCUCAGCAUUGAGGCAACAAAAAAAAACAUUUGAGCAGUCAAAAAGGAGGAGUUGCAAGGAUUGAAAGAACUUGAAAUUGAAAAGCAUUUGGUAAAAAAAAAAAGAGAAGCUGAAUGAAAAAUCCUCCUGAGCCUGGGUAGUUUCCUGAGGAUCACGAGCAAGAUCAGGAUGAAAGAUUAGCUCACAAGUGAGUUCUUGCAUCUGUUACGGACAAAACACCACCUGGAGUAUUUUUGUCGAUUCCAGUGGUGAUCGUUGAUUUCGUUUUUUUCGUACAGCCAAAGAGACUGAAACCACGCUGGCUGAGGGUUGAUAAGUUCUGUGGGCGUGUAGAAUACAAACUUGUGACGUGAGGAAGAUGCGAUGACCGUUCGAUGAUUACUUUGGGAUUUCACUUUGUAGAAGGGUGUUGGUAUCUGGUGUCUGUCAGAGGAAAUGUUGUAAAUCGCAGAAAUCGCAGACGGAAUGUCCAUAAAAAAAAAUAAAAAAAAAAUUGUAGAAAUUAUGUAUGAACCUGUUGUCUGGUCAAAUCCAGUGCAGCAGCAGAGUUACCUUAUCACCCUUUGUCCUCCAAGUGCGUAACAGAACAGGAACAACAAUUACUAAGUGGAAUGGAUUGAAGCCAUAUUUGUCAUACUAAAUGCAUUGAAGUUUUAAAUGGUUCGUUGUAAAUCAGUGAUAUGAAAUAUGAAGAAACUGAAGUGCUUCACGAAACGUCGACGUCGCAAGAUGUUGCCGUUCCUUCUAAGUUACACUGUUUCGGGGUGCCCCCACCUUGUCAAGGACUUGACAUGCACUGAAGAAGAAAAAAAAAAUGUACACCAGGAUGCUGCUUUUGCAUCAUGUAAGAACUGUAUGAUUGUAGUAUUCUGCAAUAAUUUUAUUUUCUAUUUGUUUGAUUUUAAAUUAUUUUCCAGUGUUUCUUUUUUUCCUGAGUUAUCCCCACCCCAACCUUGUAUAAUUAUCCCUUUGUAAAUAGUUAUCAUAGACAAAAGCGUAUUGUAAAAUAAUACACCUUUGUAACUGUUUAAAAGAAAAAAAAUACUACAGGAAAAAGGAUGUGAUAAAAAGAAGAAAAACAAACAGAAAAUGGAGUCAUACUUUUGAUCAGGGCUGGUGCUGGUAUAGAGGCCUAUCCUGCUGUAACUGGGGUGGUCAGGAAGUGGGUCUGCAAUGAAGAGGGACGUUUGGAAACUUCAAUCGAACUGUACAUGGCAGCAAUGAUAUUUACUUUUUUAUUCUUUGUUGAUGCGUCAGAAAAUAAAGCGUUUUGAGAUGUAAA